AUGCGACACAGGCAUAUGGCCUAUGAUGCGCAGCGUGCACAGCGGGAAGCAGAGCGUGAGGCUCUGGAAGCGGCGCAGGAGGCCGAGAUUGCCGCGGCCGCAGCGGCUCGUGAGGCCAGGGACAAGGCAGAGGCGGAGAAGUGGCGAUCCAUGUUCACGGUGGAGGAAACAGGGCAGGAGGCUUUGACCCAGGAGCAGGGCGAGUCUCUGGAGGGUCAGAUCAUAGAAUACAUCCAGACGCGGAAGACGGUGGAGCUUGACGCGCUAGCGGCCGAGUUUGGGCUGAAGGUCGCGGACGUCAUCAAGAAGGUCCAGGGCCUGGAAGCCGAGCAGAAGCUGACCGGCAUCAUGGACGACCGGGGCAAGUUCAUCUACAUCUCGCGGGGGGAGCUGGAGGCCGUGGCCGAAGCCAUCACCUCUCGGGGACGAAUAGCCAUUGCUGAGCUGGCGCAGCUGUCCACACGGCUCAUAGACCUGAACCCCCGCGUGGUGGAGGGUGAAGUCUCGCUGGACGACGUCGGGCUGGAUGGCGCAGAGGAGGCCGUGGCGGCGUGA